UUGAGUCUGUUCUAGUGAGCAGAUCCGGCAUUGACAAUGCCGUGCUUUAGUGCGGCAAUUUAGUCUGUUUUUGUAGAUAUCUGGAGUCAGUAAAGAUGUCCAAGCAGUUGAAACUGUUCGUCUUGUCUGUGUCAUUAUGGGGCAUUCGUCAAUUUACGCCACUUUUAUUGGAGAACACCAUUCAAGAAGAGCCGGCACAUCGGCAUGGGAUUGGCAAGCGCGUCAAACGGAGAGCGUUCAUGACCAUGUCAGAACAGUACUCAAGAAUUCCGGAUCUCUUUCUCGAAGGUGAGCUCUCCUGCUCAAGUAUCAUUUCCACGAUACAGGAGAGUGGCGGUGUACGCUAGAUGUGAUGAUCGACAGCACUAGAUUCUCCUUAAAUGGCGUUGUCUUACUAGUGGUGUUCUGUCAAUAUCGUUUUCUGUUAGGUCAGUGCUGUAUAAGCCAUAUCUACCAAGACUUCCAAGAAUGUCAACAGCUAUCAUCAUGAUUGCAUGUUCGUUGGCGACUUGGCAUAUCUUGAGAAAUUUGUUCGACAAAGAAAUUCAUUAUGACAGGUAAUGAAAAGUCGACAGAGCCCUUGGCUACUUCAGAACUCAUUGAGGCAUCAUUGCCUAUAGGAAUAGAUUCAAUUCCAAACCUACUUCACAGACUCAAUGAUUUGGGUCUUCGAAUGUCAGACGAUAAUAUUAUCGAUUGGCUUCCAAAAAAUCAAAAUCAUCCUCGAAAUUGGCCUUUGAAACGCAAACUGGCGAAUACGGCUUGCAUUUUUUUGCUUGAUACAUUUGGUGCUCUGCUGGAAUCCGGGGGUUUGAUCGCCGCGACACAAGCAGCAACAGAAUAUGGCAUUUCACAGACCCAGUCACUUAUUGCUUUUUCUCUCAUGUACGGAAUUGGUGGAGCUCUGGGAAGCAUUGUAUUUCCACCAUAUUCAGAAGCCUUCGGAAGAAAACCGAUUCUCACAUUUGCAGCUCUUUUGCUACCGCUUAGUUGCAUGAUUACAGGACUUGUACCCUCCAUUGCAGGAGUAUACAUUGGCCGCUUCAUCAUGGGCGCGACGAUAUCUAUUCCUUCAACUAUCAAUGUGGGCAGUCUGGAAGAUAUGUGGGAACCUGCGACCCAAGGCCAUGCAAUCUAUGCAUGGGUACUAUCUGCGGGACUAGGUGCUGCUCUAGGACCGAUAUAUGGAAGCUACGUCACUAGCGUACUAGGUUGGCGAUGGUUGUAUCAUAUUGGCUCUAUUGUUUCUGUCUGCAUAUUUGUUGUCAUUCUCCUAGGUAUCUCCGAAACGCGCCCAAGCAAACUCCUUGGAAAUCAUCUUAUCGCUAUACAAUCAUGUGCAGGAACACUGAAAAUCCGCACACAAACAGCAGAUGAUCAUGUUCCUGAUUUUCAUACCUUUUGUCAGAGUGCCAUCAUUCAGCCAGCCAAAUUAUUCUUUCAGGAGCCCAUCAUCCUCACAAUGGCAACCUUAUCUGCUAUAGCAUUUUCUCUACUGUUUCUUUUCACUGAGUCUUUGGAUAUUGUCUUCAAGCCAUAUGGAUUUAGCCCGACUUCAUACUCUUUAGCAUUCAUUGCAUAUGCUAUGGGAACAAUUUUUGGUAUUCCGGUCAGGCUGGUAGAAUUUUUUCAUCUCAAGAAGCGUGCCGAAACAAAAGAGUUAGAACCAGAAGACAAGAUAAUCGGCUUUGCUACCGGAGCAUCAGCUUUGGCAGCUGGCCUUUGGCUUAUGGCUUGGACAACUCCACCUUUAGUUCAUGGUAUUGACUGGGUAGUACCAAUGAUAGGGUUAGCAGGUGCUGGAUUUGCAGCAAAUGAAAUUGAGUAUGCACUUGGAAAUUAUUUAGCCGAUACCUAUACUGUCUACGCAUCUUCUGCCUUCGCCGCAUAUUCGACUCUUCGAGCCCUUCUCUCUGGCAUAUUCCCUUUGUUUGCUGACCAAAUGUAUAACGGCUUGGGUUCAAAUGUUGCCGGCUCGAUACUAGCUGGAGUCGCAACUUUAUGGCUCAUUAGCCCUUUUGUUUUUAUAAAGUAUGGGAAGGCUUUGAGAGAGAAGGGAAAAUUCGCAAAGUUUAGCUUGGAGAAUGGCCCGAAUACUCGGGCAGUAGAUGUUUUGGGAAGGCAAGUUUGUUGAGAAUUUAGACAAAAGCAUCCGGUUAAAUACGCGGAGAAAAAUGUAUUAGUUAGUGCAUGAAAUGAAUCACUUUAUUCCAUUAAAUAGA